AUGCUUCACAUUCUCGCUGGAUUCCUCGCGUUGACCGGACUGGGAAAUGUUGCAGCUCAAUCAUGCCCGACCAUCCCUUCACUGAGCUCUUACAACUCUGCAACACUUCAGGAUCCAUUUACUUUCGCUUCUGGCGCUAAGGUUGUCACGAAGGCUGACUGGGCAUGCCGCCAAAGCGAAAUUAGCACGCUCCUUCAGCAAGAUGAGCUCGGCGCGAUGCCAGCCGACCCACAAUCCGUGACGGCGACGUUCUCCGGCAGCACCCUCUCCAUUACCGUUACCGACGGCGGUAAGACCCUCACCUUCGCGCCAACGAUAUCCUUCCCCUCGUCUGGGACCGCACCAUUCCCGGCGAUCAUUGGCAUUGGCGGAAUUGCGAUCCCAUCUCCGGCAGGCGUUGCAGUUAUCAAUUUCAAUAACGACGAAAUGGCAGCGCAGGUCAACGGGUCGAGUCGCGGCCAGGGCAAGUUCUUCCAGAUGUAUGGCACGAAUCAUUCCGCAGGUGCUAUGAUGGCGUGGGCUUGGGGCGUACGGCGUAUUAUGGAUGCAUUAACGAAGACCUCUGCCGCUCGGAUUGACGUUACUCGCGUUGCUGUCUCGGGUUGCUCCCGCAAUGGCAAAGGCGCACUCGUUGCCGGUGCCUUUGACCCGCGUAUUGUGCUCACCAUCCCACAAGAGUCUGGCUCUGGAGGCACAGACUCCUGGCGAAUCUCUGACUCCAUCCUGAAGAAUGGUACUAGCACUCAGACAGCCUCGGAAAUUAUUGGCGAGAACGUCUGGUUCUCGACUCUGUUCAACACAUACGCCCAGUCUUCAGUUAACAAGCUGCCGUUCGACCACCACCUGCUUAUGGGCCUUGUUGCGCCACGCGGACUCUUCGCCAUCGACAAUGUCGGAUAUGCCUGGCUUGGGCCAUUCGCCAGCUAUGGCGCUUUGGUUUCUGCGCGGACGAUUUGGACGGCAUUGGGUGUACCCACGAACAUGGGCUUCUCGCAAUCCCCCGACCAUCCUCAUUGUUCUUUCCCGUCAUCACAACAGACACAGCUCAACGCCUUCAUUAACAAGUUCCUGUUGAACCAGUCGUCCGCCAACACCAACAUCACCGAGACGUCGGGCGGGUACUCGUUCGCGAUUCCCAACUCCCAGUGGGCACCAUGGACGCCGCCAGCCUCGCUUUCGGGCUCUUCGGGAAGCUCAUCGACGACGGUGGGGACAACAACAAGCGCUGGAACCACGACUUUCGACUCGAGCACGCCCCCUGCGAGCUCUUCGACGACGCCGGUUACCUCGCCGUCAAGCACCCCGACUGGAAAGACUGCGAAUCAUUGGGACCAAUGCGGUGGACAGGGAUGGACGGGGGCGACAUCAUGUGUAGCACCUUAUACCUGCACUUCCCUCAAUCCUUAUUACUCUCAAUGUCUCUGA